AUGACUCAACACAAACAAGCUCUAACUGGGGAAAAACGCGCGGCAAUGGACAUCAGGUUUGUCAAGUCUUCUAAACGUUUGCGUGUAAACGACCGAGUCCGACGUGACCGUGCAAUAAGCGCUGGGGAUUAUGAUCUCGCAAGAAAGAUCGAAGAAGAAGCAAUUCCCUUUGCUGGGAGGGAAUCGCAUCUAUCUAUUGGAGAGAAUGGAAGCGAUAUCAUCAAUACUAGUAUCGUAUGUAGUGAAAGCAGUGAAGAGGCUCAUUCUUCGGAAAGGGACAUGGAAAGCACCCAUUUACCGAACAUUCCAGGUGUAACAUACCGAGGUGAAGUUGAUAAUGACCAAGAUGACCAAGAUGACCACCUUUAUCAUGAAAAAUUUGACCUUCCCCUCGUCAAGCACGAGUUCCAACAUGACGGUCGAGUUCAGAACUUGAUUACAAGCAAAUACGUGGACGCAAAGACUAAAAACGGGCUUCGAUAUAUGAAAAGAUUCAAAGUUGCACCAAAUACGUACAAAGUCGAAUAUAAUCAUGGAAAAGAUGCUUUGGAAAUUGCAAGUGGGCGACUUGUACCAAAUCAUUUCUCGUUGCAGCAAAUGCCCGCACGCGAAACCCAGCAUAGACAGACUGUCUUAAAAAAUGGAAUAUGGAGAAACAUGAUGUGGAUUGCGGUACUCAACACCGUUAACGCGGUAAAUUGUCACCCCGAUCUCAAAGCCAUUCACCGUGCCAUUUAUGAGAAACUCGUCCCCAUCCUUGAGGAGGAAAACCCUGAUAUUUGGCAAAAAGUUUUGAAAUCUCGAAAACCGAAAACAGUCAAUAACCGCGAAGGAUCAUUUUUCUCGCAGUUUCGUCCCGAUGUUCUCAUUUCUGAUGGUUGCCAGAUUCGUAAAGAUCCCGAAAAUCCUCUUACCCCUGAACACUUGCGAGCAUGCGAGCAAUACAUCUUUGACAAAACUCAAAUGCAGAUGAGGAUAGCCAUUAAACCUAUGGAAGUUCCCGCCUCCUACUAUGAAAGAUUUGGUUUAAUUGCGGAUAAUGAUCAUCACCAAUUAUUUCCCAUCGUGGAUGAGAACACGGUAUUUGCUGAAUCAACCGAGGAGAAAGAGCCUUUAUUUCUCGAACCUCUGUACCCAGAAAAUCCACGUCUUGACGAACUAGCAAAGAGCAUGAUCUGUGAAAAGUCUCACGCGGCAUGUGCUCAAUUCAUCUCCGAAUUAUGGAGAAACGAUUUCUUCUAUGGAGAUAAUAGUUGGUGGCACUUUGAAAAUCAUUACUGGAAAGAUUCACCUUAUUCUAUGACGCAUAAAAUAAUGUUCGAGUUAUUCCCAAUCCUUGACGAAUUGACAAGUUGGCGCGACACAGGUGGUGAUCUAGAUGGACAUAUCUCGAAUCUCAAGCGGAGUUUAUCGGAUUUACCCACAUCCAAGAAUAUCGCAUCCGCGUGUAUUGGUCAUUUUCAGAAACUAGACUAUCACGCAUUUAAAUGUAGUUUGAGUCGAGACUUGGCGCUACUGUGCUUCAAAAAUGGAGUCUACGAUUUGAACGCCGGACAUCUUAGGGAUGGCAAACCCCAAGACCGCAUCUCUAUACAGAUUAAUUACGACUUUGUUGAUUUUUCGCUCCCGGAAAACGUGCAUAUUUUGAAGCGUCUUGGGACGAUUCUCCAACAAAUCCUUCCAGAUCGUGACGAGCGGGAGUAUGUUCUUGAUAUCCUGGCUUGUGCUCUUGGAGGAAAAAGGACCAAUAAACUUGAAAUCCUUCUCGGCGAGGGCGCAAAUGGAAAAUCGCUGCUGACUCAACUUAUGGAGUUAGCAUUAGGGCCAUAUGCAACCUCUUGGAGCACCGCAAUGCUGUGUACAGAAUUCGACCCUACCGCACCAAACACCGAGUUGAACAGGGCCAGACACGUCCGAUUCAUCAAUAUCCAAGAAGGCAAAAAAUCAUCGCAGUUUAACAUGGGAACAUUUCGAAAGUACACGGGAGGAGAUUCCUUCAAUGGUAUACGCGAUCUCUUUGAGAAAGGAAGCGGGGUAAAUUCAUUCGUACUGCAUGCUCAACUUUGGCUAUCACUCAAUACGCUUAUGGCAAUAUCAGAGGCGAAUCACGCAACUUGGAGACGGUUAGAGUUGCUUGAAAUGCGGUCCAAAUUUGUCGAGGCUGAGUCUGAGGUAGAUGUGAAAAACAAUCGGUAUCUCGCGGAUGAGUGUUUGAAGAAAGAACUAACCAGUCUUGCUCCGGCAUUCAUGUGGUUGUUAAUUGAAAAACGCUACAGAAACAUGCGAGACAAAAACGACUUUGUUUUAUCUCCGCCCACCUCAGUUGUUGAAGCAACGGAGAGAUAUCGCAGUGAACAGAAUGUUUAUCAACUCUUCUUUGAUGACAUGUGUACCUUUGAAUCUGAAGGCCGCAUCUUCAAUACGGAACUAUUUGAGAAAUGUCAGCAGUGGGCAAAAAUCAACCUUAAAGCGGUUACAAAGGCCGAUAUGAAAAAGUGGCUGUUGAGCCAACCGGGCGUUCAAUGGAAAGAUUCGUUAAAGAUCAUGAAAAGCGUAGGCGACUUUGGUCAAAGAAGUGUAGACAAAGUGUCACGAGGAUAUCUAGGAAUCAAAUUGAACAAGUAUGAGUAG